GGCUUCAAACCUGCAAGCCAACCUGCGCUCGGCGAUAGGAGGGAGUCGGUGGCCAGUCAUGGACCAAGACUAACGAAAUACGUCCCAGGCAGCGGCCGUUGGGCUCGGUUUCGGCGUUUUCACCGUCGCCACGUUUCGGAUACGUCCGGUGUACACAGACCUGUGUGCUGAGAAGCCCUUCAUCGCUACAUGCGUCGCACUGGCCCUACGAUCACCAGCAGCCUCCCAGCUUUUCUCGCAUCCAGCGGAUACGGGAGAUAGGUGGACGCCAGCAAUGGCAGAGUCUUCGCUGGAGAUCCCAAACAUGUCCUGCAACUCUUCCAGGUUACUGUAUCCUCCGAGAAAUCACACUCACUCCUCGAUGCACUUGUCCAAACAGUCCUACAGCGUUUUAAGUGCCUUUUGCUCGGAAGGGAACAUAGCGCAGUGUAUCUCAUACAUCAAUCAGGAGAUGUCCUCACUGGGCUUCCCCGCCGUGUGUAAUGAGCUGGACAACGGCGGCGAUCUGAAGGCGGUGUCGGUGCUGAACACCAUGUACGAGCUGCUGCAGCUGCACCGCCGCAGCCUGCGAGCCUUGGAGGAGCUGGAGACGGAGCAGCUGAAGAGCGCCAGCCACCUGGAGCACCUGAAGCUCUGCAACUCCAGGCUGAAGGAGCAACUGGAGCAGUCCAGGAGGGAGAGCACGGGGCUCUGUGAACGGGAGCGGCAGCUUCAGAUGAAAGUCAAGAGCUUACAGAACUGCCUGAAAAACGAGAAGGAGGAGGUACAAAAGCUACAGAAUAUAAUAUCCAGUCGUGCCAGCCAGUAUAACCAUGACAUGAAGCGUAAGGAGAGGGAGUACAGCAAGCUGAAGGAGCGUCUGAACCAGCUUUUAAUCGACAAGAAGGACAAGAGGCUGGCUAUUGAAGUCUUGAAUUAUGUGGGGAGAUCUGAUGGCAAGAGAAGCCUUUGGAAGACUGGGAAAACCGAAGCCAGGAAUGAGGGUGAGAUGUACCAGACCCUUUUGAAUGAUUAUGAGAGCCGGCAGAAGGAGCUGCUGAUGGAGAAUGCGGAACUCAAGAAGGUUUUGCAGCAGAUGAAAAAGGAGAUGGUCUCCAUUUUAAGUCCGAGAAAGCACAGCCAGAAAGGAGAGACGAUUGAUGACAGCCUCGAGCUGCCUGGGUCCGAGAAUGAGGAGGAGGUGUGCGAUUCGAGCCGGGAGACGCUGGAGCUGUCGUGUGAGCAUGCCCGCGAGCAGCUCACCAACAGCAUCCGGCAGCAGUGGAGACGGCUGAAGAACCACAUGGAGAAGCUGGACAAUCAAGCAUCUUUGGUGCAGAAUGGCUCACUGGGUGACAAUGAAGUCAUUUCUAGGAAGAGCCACGAAGAGACUGUGGAGAAGCUGAAGCUGGAGAUCCAGCAGUGUAAGGACUUCAUCCAGACGCAGCAGCAGCUGUGGCAGCAGCAGCUCAGCUGCCCGUGUGACGACGAGACGGCUGCCCUCCUGAACGACUGCUACAUGCUGGAGGAGAAGGAGCGCCUCAAGGAGGAGUGGAGACUCUUUGACGAACAGAAGAAAAAUUUUGAGAAGGAGAGAAGGAAUUUCACAGAGGCUGCCAUUAGACUUGGCCAUGAGAGAAAGGCGUUUGAGGAGGACCGAGCGAUGUGGCUCAAACAUCAGUUCCUGAAUAUGACGCCGUUUCUGGACCGUAAGAAAUCGCAAAGUGCCUUAAAGAGUCCCGAGUCUGAAGUGACCGUCGCUCCAGAAUCGCAGUAUCACAACGCUUUCUCCACCCCCAAAACGGCGCCAGCAAAGAUCCCGUCAACAACUGACCUGUACCGCACACUCCGCCUCCUCCCUGACCACGGCUCACCUAGAAGCCAACCAAAGAAUGGUAACUGGCAGGACUCUGACGUCAUCCUCAGCCGAGAUGUUUCUACCAAAUCGGGACUCCUUGGAUCAGCCGAUUGCAGUAUCUAUUCGUUCGUUGGCACGGAGAGCAGUCCAAACUGACGCUUUGCACUUCAACUUUAUAAAGACAUUUAAAAAAAUGCUGGCCCUAUGUGAUCCAUGAAGAUUAUUUUUACAACAGUUUUAUUGGUCAUCUGAUGCUUGACUGAACAUGCCAAAAACUCAUUCUAUCUUUUUUUAAAAAAAAAUAAAUUCAGUGAUGAAUUUGUUUUCACAUGAGCCAGUUUUAACGUGUGUGUGUGUGUGUGCAGUUAUCCUAUGGGAGCAUCUCGCAUUAGUCGAUUGACAGCUGAUUGUAGUACAAAUAUUCAUCCCAAAUCUUCAAAGAUGUUUUAUAGGUCUUGUCUGUAUAUAUUUGAGAUUUAGUUUAUUGUAUAACUGCAGUGUAUUUAUUUUGUAAUGUGUAGAUCAUUUGGGGGGAAUUUAUGUAGCUUAAGUUGCACAUUUUAAGAAUUUUAUAUCUCUAGACUUCUAUAGACUAACUUGAAUCUCUGAAACCCCCCUUGAUAGACCUUUCACAAAUCCAUGGUGUUUGAAUUACUCAUGCUGCUCUUACAGUCAAUGCAAUAAUUUAGCUUUUGGAUUAAAUGUAAUUAAAAUGCAUAUAAUAAACUUGUCUGUUUCACACA